CCCAUUUUGUUUUAAUGUAAAGCCUAAGCACACACACAAUAGUGGAAAAAGAUUUUUCUAAUUCCAACUCUCUAAAAAAAAACAAAUAAAUAGCAGCAUAUAUUCUGAUCCAGCUCCAAAAUUAUUAUCGCAUAUAUCUAUAUGCAUAUGUAUAUAUAAAUACUGUAUUUACGUAGUGAAACGUUUAGAAACAUUCAAGUCAAAAAAGAAAACACCAAAUUCCAAAGAGACACAGCACGGCAGCAAGCAUCAAAGCAACCAUUCAAACACCGAUCCAAUCAAGAAACCAUCAAGUAACUACUACCAAUCAAGAUUCACAAUGGCACAGAACAUCAGCCCAGAGCAAAGCGGAGGUGCUGGCGGCAGCAGCAAACACACUGAUGACUCGUUGCCCGUAAAAGACAAUCAUGCUGUGAGCAAAAGACUGCACAAGGAACUGAUGAAUUUAAUGAUGGCCAAUGAGAAGGGGAUUUCAGCAUUUCCAGAUGGCGAGAACAUCUUUAAAUGGGUGGGCACACUGGAGGGCCCGCGGAAUACAGUAUAUGCCAAUCAAACAUAUCGCCUUUCCCUCGAUUUUCCCAACUCGUAUCCAUAUGCUGCGCCAGUAGUAAAGUUCCUGACGCCCUGCUUUCAUCCGAAUGUUGAUUUGCAGGGGGCCAUUUGUCUUGAUAUAUUAAAGGACAAAUGGUCAGCAUUAUAUGAUGUACGCACCAUAUUGUUGUCCAUACAAUCACUGCUUGGAGAGCCAAACAACGAGAGUCCAUUAAACGCGCAGGCCGCGAUGAUGUGGCACGAUCAAAAGGAGUAUAAAAAAUAUUUGGAUGCCUUCUAUGAGAAGCACAAGGACACCUAAAAGCAUCAUGAUCAUCCAGAGACGACGACAACAACAACAUCAUCAGCAAAAACAAAAACAAACAGCAACGACGAACAUCAUAUACUCUCAUACCCAUAAACUAUGCUCAUAUUGCAGCGUAUUUAUUAACAUAGUGUGCAAGCAACUCCAACAUCUCCCCCAAAUUAGGCAUCAAUUGCAAAGCCAGAACUCUACCAACCAGCUAUCACCACCAUUACCAAAAAUAAUACCACCAUUAACUAACACCACCACCAGCACCACCCAAAAGCAAACAACCUUCAGCUUUUCCUUCCUAUACCCACAACUCUCAAAGCCAUAAAAUUUGGAAUUUCUCUUGUGUGUGUGUUUUUGCUUAGUUUGGUUGGAUCUAAUCUAAUUUUUUCAAUUUAGGCUUCUCCCCACUACCUCUCCUUACUCCGUCUCCCUGCAAUAGCCACCAAACAACGAUAUACAUCUAUAUAUAUAUAUACAUACAUGUAAUUUACACAGCUGUCCGUUUCUAUCUUUUAUUAAGGUUAUUAAGUAAAAAUUUUAGUUUAA